GCAUAUGGAAGUAUGGCGGCCCCAGCUACACAACUACUACUCGGCCAAAGUUUACUGCUAAGAUUUUCACGUGAAAGCGAUGAAUAAGUACGAGAAUCAAGGCUUCGGUAACGAAGAGCUCGGCGACUGUGAACAGAGAAAAGGACUUGUAGAAAGAGUCGUCGCUCUCUGGCCGGCUGAGUUGCCUCGAUUUGCCUUGAUUGAAGUGCCUCUUGGUCCGGGUACCGCAGGGGAAGAAACUCCGCAAGACGGGAAAAGUGGACACGGAAGUUUGAAACCAACCGUGGCUUUGGAAAGACCAGCUGCAAAGUGUUAAAAGCGUGGUGACCAAAUCAUGUUUUUGUGAGACGUUUAAGUGCACUUGUCGGCGGUUUCCUUUCCAGCGAGCCAGCGACAGCCAACUGUUGCCUGCUCGGUGUGCGUUUGAGGGUCUGGCGCUGCAUACCACCAGCAGACGUUGGUUAGCAUUCAUGGCUAUCGUCAACAUUAGCUUAAGAUCACCAGCUAACAAGCCAUAUAAAUGUUUCUGUGACCGUAUUUCUGUGAAAUGUUCUGUGAAGCACUCGGGCUCGAUUAAUGCAUGAUAAACAGAGACAUACUGGAGCAACACUGAUUUGCAUUGGUGACCUCCAUUGCCUCAACUCCUGGAGAGGAGCGCCUGGGCCAGGGGAAGGGACUCCUGCUGUUUCCCAAUCUCCUCCUUUACUGGUGGGCAACUGAGUCCAGCUUGGAGAGUCCCGGCUGCGGCCUGGCACCCUGCCCUUAUGGGGCAGCAGCCGGGGAAGCUUGUAGGGGACCAGAGGAGACCCAGUUUACCGGCCUUCAUCAAGGGCACAAAGAAAGAAUCGUCACGCCAUGGGAGCCCCUUCUGUAAUGUUUUUGCUGUGCACGAAGCGCUCCAGAAACCAGACAUCGAGGGUCAGGGUCUGACAGAAGCAGCUCGUUGGAACUCCAAGGAGAACCUGUUGGCUGGACCCAGCGAGAAUGACCCCAACCUGUUUGUUGCCCUCUAUGAUUUUGUGGCCAGUGGUGACAACACACUAAGCAUUACCAAAGGAGAGAAGCUGCGUGUGCUGGGUUACAACCACAACGGUGAGUGGUGUGAAGCGCAGACCAGGAAUGGCCAGGGUUGGGUGCCGUCCAACUACAUCACCCCAGUCAACAGCCUGGAGAAGCACAGCUGGUACCACGGGCCGGUGUCACGCAACGCGGCGGAGUACCUGCUCAGCUCGGGCAUCAACGGGAGCUUUCUGGUCCGUGAAAGUGAGAGCAGCCCCGGUCAGAGGUCCAUUUCUCUGCGGUACGAGGGGAGAGUCUACCAUUACAGGAUUAACACUGCAUCUGACAGCAAGCUUUACGUCUCAUCCGACAGCCGUUUCAACACACUGGCCGAGCUGGUGCACCACCAUUCCACCGUGGCCGACGGCCUCAUCACCACGCUGCACUACCCGGCACCGAAGCGUAACAAGCCCACCAUCUAUGGAGUUUCUCCCAACUAUGACAAGUGGGAGAUGGAGCGCACGGACAUUACCAUGAAGCACAAACUAGGAGGGGGCCAGUAUGGCGAGGUGUACGAAGGUGUUUGGAAGAAGUACAACCUCACCGUGGCUGUCAAGACGCUAAAGGAGGAUACGAUGGAGGUGGAGGAGUUUCUCAAGGAGGCAGCAGUUAUGAAAGAGAUCAAACACCCUAACCUGGUUCAGCUGUUAGGCGUGUGCACGCGGGAGCCCCCUUUCUACAUCAUCACAGAGUUCAUGACCCACGGUAACCUGCUAGACUAUCUGAGGGAGUGCAACAGAGAGGAGGUCAACGCUGUGGUGCUGCUACACAUGGCCACACAGAUCUCCUCUGCCAUGGAGUACCUGGAGAAAAAAAACUUUAUACACAGGGACUUGGCAGCCCGUAACUGUCUGGUUGGGGAGAACCACCUGGUGAAGGUCGCAGACUUUGGCCUGAGCAGGCUAAUGAUUGGAGAUACUUACACGGCUCAUGCCGGGGCCAAGUUCCCUAUCAAGUGGACUGCUCCAGAGAGUCUUGCUUACAACAAGUUUUCUAUUAAGUCCGACGUCUGGGCAUUUGGUGUGCUGCUGUGGGAGAUUGCCACAUACGGGAUGUCUCCUUACCCCGGCAUUGACCUGUCCCAGGUCUAUGAGCUGCUGGAAAAAGACUAUCGUAUGGAUCGACCAGAGGGCUGCCCCGAGAAGGUCUAUGAGCUCAUGAUGGCCUGUUGGAGGUGGAGCCCUUCAGAACGUCCAACUUUUGCUGAAACCCACCAAGCCUUUGAAACCAUGUUCCAGGAAUCCAGCAUCUCUGAUGAGGUGGAAAAGGAGUUGGGAAAGAAAGGAAAGAAGACAUUAGACCCCAUCCAGCAGGCUCCGGAGCUGCCCACCAAGACCAGACCUCGCAAAAACCUGGAGUUUCAGGAUACAGAAAGUCCAGAUCUGUUGGAACCAGAGGGGGCUGUGUCGUCACCCAUGCUCCCCAGGAAAGAGCGCCCCCUCCUGGAGAGUAACCUGAAUGAGGAUGAUCGCUUGCUGCCCAAGGACAAGGACAAGACACGUGGCUUUCUCAGCCUCAUUAAGAAAAAGAAAAAGAGCGCACCAACUCCGCCCAAACGCCACUCCUCUUUCAAAGAUGAUGUCCAAUUUGAAAGGAGGGGCGUUACUCAAGAUCCCCGAGACAGUGACGGCUUUAACAACGGGGCAUCAUUGGCUAUUAAUGAUGCCACGCAUGGCCUUCUGAGUACUAACAAUAAUGGGGCUGGAAGUAUUACUAAUGGGGCUCCUAACUACCCAGGAUCUUUAGGCCCCAGAAAGAAGGGAGUUCUAGCAGUGUCUGGCCCAGGAGGCAAGGGAGCAACAACUCCACCUAGUGAGGAGGAAUCCUUUCCUAAGUGUUUCCUCUGGUCUUCUAGUAUGCCCACUGGCUCAGACGGCAACACUGAAUGUAAAUCCGUCACACUGCCGCGAGAUCUGAGCCAGCGCCGCUUUGACACGGGCACCGUCGGGGGCAAGCCGGCUCUACCACGAAAGAGGGCGAGUGAGCAGAAAGGAGAGAAUGUCCCUCGAAUGGGCACCCUGACUCCCCCACCACGUCUGAACACAUCUCCAGAUAUUUCCUCUGCCUUCUUAGGCAAAGAUAAUGAUCCCAGUCCUGGUUCCAGUCCCAAGGCUUUGACGCCUAAGGUGGUAAAGAGACCAGGUGUGCCAGGGCCAGAUAGCGCCAAGACCAGUGCUCUGCAUGCUGAGCUUCUUAAACCCAAUGUGUUCCCUCCUAUGGGGGCAGCCGGAGAAGAGUGCAGGGCUCGCAGAAACAAGCACACAGAGUUCUCCUCCGGCAGGGAUAGAGCAAAAAUACAGAAAGCCAAGCCAGCCCCACCUCCACCACCCACUAAUCCAAAAACGGGCAAGGUCUCCCGCAGCCCAACUCAAGAACUCCCCUCCCCUACUGCUUCAGAAAUCAAAGUUAAGUGCCUUCCUUCCAUCUCAGAUCCCCACCAAACAGCUACUCCCAGUGACCAAUCCCGCUUACCCCUGAAUGAGGGUUCCAAGAAGCUGCCCUUGGGUUCCACCUCUAAACCUCAACCGUUAAAGACCUCCAGUUCCUCCACUUCAGUGACCGGCUCCCCCUCCAGCCAGAGCCUAGGAGGUUUGUCUUCUCCCCUCACCUCCCCCAGCGAUCCGAUUUCACCCACUGCAUUCACCCCUCUAGCGAGAACCCGAUCCUCCCUCCGCAAGACUGCACCCCGCCAGGCCACCGAGCGCACUCCAAACUCAGCUGUGACGCGCGAGAUGGUGCUGGAGGGCACCGAACUGCUCCGCGCAGCCAUUUCCCGCAACUCUGAGCAAACGGGUAGCCACAGCGCUGUGCUGGAGGCUGGCAAGAACCUGUCAAAGUACUGCAUGAGCUAUGUUGACUCCAUCCAGCAGAUGAGGAACAAGUUUGCGUUUCGCGAGGCCAUCAACAAGCUUGAGAACAGCUUGCGAGAGCUUCAAAUCUGCCCCACUGCCACGGGGGGCUCCAGCGCACAGCAGGACUUCAGCAAGCUGCUGUCCUCUGUCAAAGAGAUCAGUGACAUUGUUCAGAGGUAGCGCCUAGAAUCUUACACUACCAAGACAUAAAAAUGAUUGAAUUUUGUUCCACUACCCUUUUUUUUUUUUUUUUUUUUCUGUGCAUGUGCAUGAACUGUGGCCCAGGCUGAGCUCAUGCUGGAGAGCCGGGGUAAAGAUAAAUGGAGAGCAGCAGUAUGUUCAAACUACACUCUGAAACCUUAAGCCUGUGGUUACUACAGACUGAAUCAAAGGAAACAAUGUACAUGCCAUCAGUUUGCAACAUUGAAAAGCCUUAACUAUGAAUAAACACUGUCAUUUGGCCUUAACGCGAGGCUAGGGGCCAAUUCUUUCAUCAACGUGACUUUUCAUGGUUGACUUUUGAAAUGAUCAUGUCUUAUGUUUUUGGUUUCUCCCCUUUAUCACUGACACUAGUUUAUAAAAAGACCUGUGAUAUUUGUUUCCAUCACUGUUGGUGUGUUUUGUUUUGUUUUUUUUUAAAUCAUUGAUGCUGACAACAGUGAGCAAAAACAAAAAUGCAUAACCUCAUCCUGUUCUAGUAAUCCUUUGUAACACAAACGCCUUGUUUCAUGUUUAAAUGUAAGCAUUAAGGAGCUUCUCAGUUCAGUGUUUAUAAGACUCCAACACAUCCCAACAUUUUUUUUUUUUUUUUUAAAUAUGCAAUCAGUGACUGGUUGUGUGCUGAGUGAUGAAAUUGUGUCAGUGUUUUUGUAUGAAUGCUUUCUGCAGUAUUUGCAACCAUGUGCCAUAAUGUAAUAAUGGGAGGAAGCAAAUGAGGCAGGAUGAGCCUCUAGCCUUCACUGCUCUGCAUCUCUGCACACUCGGGUAACAAUUAGUGCCUUAAACACUAUUGGCAGAGCUGUUCUUACUCUUGACACUUAACAAGUGCAGAAGCAUGGCUUUUAUGUUGUGCCAAGAGGUUAAGAAUGGCUGUUUCUUGGUUUUCGGUGUCUGUCAUACCAAAAACCCUUUACUUCCAGUCUGUACUGGGAGAGGGACCAGGGUUCACGACCUGCAGCACAGUGGAUCUGUUUUUACUUUGGCCUUAGAUUGGACCUUUUUUUUUUUUAAACAAGUUUGUUUAAACUUUCAUUACAUGCCACAAAAGCCAUUAGUAGCAGCACGCUGUUUGAUCUGUUUGGAGGGGGUAACAGACUGAAACAGCGUUUCUCUGACAGGCCUCCUCGUAUGUGCGAAUGGUCUAAAUGCUGUUUCAGAUGCCUUCUCACCCCAGCAAAAAAAAAAAAAAAGUAUUUCCUGGGGGAAACACUGGACUGAAAUGUUUAUGGAUCUGUCACUUGCUGUGUCAAACGAUGUGAGAAGGUGACCAAUAUGGACUGAAAUAACUCAGAUUCCACUUUCUCAUGCGCUCUUUCCUCACCUGCAUCUCUUGGACAUUGUCAGUAUUUGUGUUGUCGUCUCAUCCCGUGUGCCCGGUCUGACUGCGCUGCCUGAGGACAAAAAUCAACUGCUAGUUGCCUUAACGUCAACAUGGUACUGUCAGUGUUGGCCUCUCUUUAAAAAAUGUUCCUUUACCAACCAUACCACUACCUUUUUGUACACAAACUUUACUUUCAUUUGUAAAUGUUUUCUUUGUUUCUCCCUCUAGCCUUGGUGCAAUUUUUUUGUUGCAAUAAAAUACAAAGCAGUUGUGCUACUUGAAA